AAAAAAAAGAAUUUUAACUAAUACGUUUCGUCAUUUAGCGACUCCAAUUUUGACGAGACGUUUGACGAUGCGCGCUGAAACCAUAAGAGCUUUAGAAGUACGUAAAAAUUCCGUAAUGGCUGAGCGCAGGAAGUCAGCAAUGCAAACAUUAGGAGCCAAGAACGAAUAUGGCAUUACAACCGGGACAACCCUAAACAAUAAUGGUGGUAUACCCAAUCAUCGGAGCGGCCGUAUCUCCAUUGCUAGUGCUAAAGAUGUUUUUAAUGUCAAUGGCUUACCUUCGGAGCAAAUCUAUGGAUCGAAUGGCGGCGGUACAAUAAAUCAAGGCUACGAGCACGUGAAUGAAGAGGAUGAUGCCAAUUCCUUAAGAUUGACUACUCGUACUCCCAAUCAUGUUACCUGGGGCAACAAUACCAGCAAUACCGGACGUUUAUAAAUGAAUGCAAUUAAUGAAAUUUUCUUUCUUUGGCGUUCUUACGCAUGUCUUUCGUUCCUUUUUAUAAUAAGUUAUUUUUAUACCCAUCACCGAAGGAUGAAAGAUAGAUCACGUUCGCAACGCCCACAAGGAAUCAUCAGCGUCCCCACAAAGUACAUGAAUUCUUGAUCAGCAUCAAAUUCUGAAUCGAUUUUAAGCAUGUCCGUCUGUCCGUCUGUCCAUGUGUUCGAUGUCUGUUGACCGAAAAAGCGUUAAGCUAUCGCUUAAAAAUAAAAUAAAGACAGAAACUUUUAUUUUGAAAAUCGAAAUAAUCAGCUCCGCCCAUUUCAUAUUAGAGAGCCGGAAAAUGUUGUUCCUUUAAUUCUUUCAUCUCCUUCAGGAUAACGGUGAUGGUUAUAAAAGAUUCGGUCCCGAACGAAUUUGACUUUCUUACUUGCUCUUCUUUUCUUUUUUUCUUUUUUUGUGCUCUUUUCUAUACCCAAUCGAAGUCUCAAAUAUUUGUCUUCCUUUUAUUUCAAACCUACAUCGUGUUCACUUUUAUAUUUUAUACUGUUUUUGUUUAUUUUUUUUUUUAUUUAUAGAAAUUUUAUAGAUAACUAACUGCCUUUAAAUACUGCCUUUGAACUUUAAUGAUAUUAUUAAGGAAGAGAAAAAAGAAACACAAACAAAAAUAGGUGAAAAACAAAAGUAAACGAAAUAU